GUGACUGCAUGUGCCAAAGUACACCUGCACACCUGAGUAAAACCUGCUCCUUUCCCAGAAUACAUCAGAGAUUAUUGAGACCCAGGGAUAAGUGGCUGCUCUGAAACCAAUACUGAAUUCAAAUGGAUUCUGGUUCUGUUUGGAAGGAUUUCUGGUUCGAGGACUUAACUUGACAUUUUUAAACACUGCCUUUUGGGGUUGAUUGAUUGUAACGCGCUUUCACUUUGGACAUUACAACCCACCAUUUGGGCUUGAGGAUUAGGAGUGAGCAUUUUUUUCAUCUUCUUCCCCCUAAUUAAGAUGUGGAACAUGGAUGUAAUGAAACUUUUUCUGCUUUGCUAUGCUUGUCUCCCAGCUGGAAAUGGGCAAGUAUAUUUUGUCUCCAAAAACUUUUACAAUGUCCUUCACUGGGAGCCAGUAAAACCGUCUUUUCCUGGAGAAGAAGUGCUUUACAGUGUGCAAUACUUGCGUGAUGAUGAGGUACUUUACCGGAAAAAAAUGGAGUGUCAGAACAUUGCUUACUUGUCUUGCAACUUGACGGCAGAAACGCCAUCACUGCAUGACGUGCGCUACAGAGCUAAAGUGUUUGUUAAUGGCAGCACCAUUGGCAUCACCACAAAAUUUAUGCCUUUGAGAGACACUGUUCUUGGACCACCGAUUUUAUCCACACACGCCUCAAAGUCCGCCUUGCAUGUCAAAGUUGCAUUGCCUAAGGGGCCAAAGGGAGUCUCCACUGGAGACAUCAUUACACAAAGUAAAACCGGGUUCUCCAGAGUUACAGUGCUGUAUAUCCUGAAGAUCACCCACCCAGUGUGGGCUGCUCGGGAAAUGAAAAACACCACCAGAGAGUUUAAAAUAAAACUAAAGAACAACAUUACAUAUUGUGGUUAUGUGGUCUACAACAAGAGUCCAGAGAUUGGUCACGCAAGUCAGAAUGCCACUUUCUGUGUCACUUUGCCAGAAGAUCCUGUGGUACUUUGGCCAUGGCUUCUCCUGAGUGUCGCUGUUGUGUCAGGCGUGGCUAUCAUAUUGGCAGUGAGCAUGUGCAACUAUGUGAAGGGUGGAAAGACAAAGACAAUGCCACAAACACUGGUACACAGCUCUACACCCCAAAAAGUCCAGCACUACCCGGAUAAGAAUCUCAUCAUUUCUAAGGUGGAGGUGAACCAUCCCAGCGAUUGCGUCGACCAAGCGAAGCUGCAUGUGCCCUCGGUUGGAGGUUAUUCCCCACAGAGGAUAUCCAGCAACCUUUUCCAGGGCAGCGCAAACUCCUCUGUGGGUCCAAAUCUUGCAGAAACAACCGCCCAGUCAGCUGAAAUCUACGGUGCAGUUGCUGCCCAGGUGGAACCUGAGAAGAGUGAUGAUUUUUACCAGCCGAGCACUGAAGAAAGUGCACCCAAUCACUCACUGCUGUUUAGCUUGAGGAGGAGUAAAAGGAGCAGGGAUAAAGGUGGAGCACUGCAGUUUACGGAUAUGGAGGCAAGUGGGAACAACCAGCUGGUGUUGGACACAGUACGGAACGACAACGGACAACUGGUGUUGCCUUCCCUUGAAUUCCAAUUCCAGACCGACUGUGAUGACGCUGUAUCUCUGGUAAACCCCGAGACAAAACCUCUUCUGCCGUACCUCAUACAGUGCCAGGAUGGAGCUUCUUUGGAAUCCCUGCAGAGCAUAGAGAGCUCAGAGGGGCUGGAUUCUGGGUGUGAAAUUAGCACUGUAAACACACCAACCAGCCCGUACUGCAACACGCACUACACACCUGAUCUUUCAUAUUUUCAAAGAUGCCAGACAACAUGUACCGUCUUUGAAUCCCGUUACAAACAGAACUGGAUGCCUUAACUCCUUUAUGUACUUGAAGAAUUUAUGUAAGAUGCCUGAUUUAAAAUGUGCCUUUCCAUACAUUUCAUGAAGUGUCCAUCUACGUUGUUUAUUGAACAUAGAAGGAAGAGGAAGUUGGCACAAAAAGUGACAAGCACUUUGGAUAAAAUGCAAAAAGUGAGCAUAUGAAUGGCUUUGCUGUUUAGUUAAAAAUGCAGGAGGUGGGUCACAGCUGAGCAAAAUGUAGCUACAACUACUGAAGGUCUUCUUUAGAACCUAGAUUUGAGUACUUUUGACAUAUUAAUCUUUGUUAUAUUUCAGAUUGUAUUUAUUAAAACACACUUGUAAUAGAAAAAAAAAUAUGGAUAGUGUCUUGAUUUGCAACAGUAACGUAAAUGCAAAUGUUGGAUUUACACAUUGAACAAAACACAAGUGUAUGAAGAAAUGUGGGUUUUCAGAAACGUUUCCCUUUAAAAAAAACGAAAACAUUCAAAUGAAAUGGCUGAAACAACAGUUUAAUCGAUGCUUGUAGCACUUUUUAAACUCAAGAAACCAAAAAUAUUAAUCAUGAAUGACCAACCUGUGUGUUUAUUCAGUCUAAUGAUAUGCAAAACAAAUGUUUGGAUAAGAGGACUGAAUAUUCCCUGUAAUUAACAUAUCCCUAUCACUGUGCUGAUAAAAAAAACUUUAUUACUAGCAAUAUCUGUACAUUUUGAAAAUAAAGAAAUAAAAUAAUGUCAACAUUGAAGUCCUUUUUGACCAUAUUUUGAUAUAUUUUCAAAGCGGUCACAAUGGUCUUUUAAUUAUGAUUAUACAGAUUGAAGGGAAAAUCAAAAACCUGGGUCAGUUCCUGGGACAUUGUUUCAGCAGAGCAGCAGGAGUUUAUCAGAUAUUUACCUUUGAGUUGUGAAUGGAACUAAGCCUGGAGGAGUAAGCCUUCUUCCUUUUCCCAUCAUCCCUUUGUCCUUGUUAAUUAUUCUCGCCUUUUAGCUUGUAGCCCCUCACAACACCAACCAAACAUCAACAGUGCAACAAAACACAAAAUUGAAGCUAUCUAGACGUACAGUUUUGAGCAAGAUGCCAGCUCAGAGAGAGAAAUAAGAUCAUGGAUCUAUUUGUCUACAAGUGGAUGCAUGAAAGGAGUGGAGCAGGGAGCUUGUGGCCCACCGAUUGUAGUUUGUACGUAGAAACUACAUGUUUUUUCCAACUACAUUUCAUCGUAUGCUCCUGAUUCCCCAUAAUCUGAAUAAAGAAAUACUCAAACGCAAUUUUAAGCCUAAUUUUCUUUAAAAAAUGUCCUCCAUCAUGAGAAAAAUGCUACAAGAAUAUGCGAAAAAACCCCAUUUUCAUUGGGGUGGGUCUUUAAAAAACCUUUUUUGCUGUUAUAGUUCGCAGUGCUUUUUUAGCUGUGGAAAAAAACAGCACACAGUAAACGCAUUCAAAGGUGUGGUAAUUUGUUACAUUAUCAGCUGUCUGGGUUUUAAUGGCUUUUCCCACAUGUAGCUAUAAAGUCAUGACAUGUACAUUGAGUCAUGUGAAGUUGCUAUGUACAAAAGUGCAUGUAUCUAAGGACAGCCCAUAACAUUCAAAGUAGUUUAUAAUCCCUGUGAAAUGCAAAAUAUUCUACCUAAAUGCUAAAAAGAACUUUGUACUUUAAAAGCUGUGUUGAAAAUGAUAUUAUUAAAAAUGUGCUACAUGCGUUUGG